GGCACAGCAGAUUUCAAGGCUAAGAGAGAAAGACUCUGUUGGAUCCCUGCAGGAAAAGUAAGCAGGAAAAAAGUUUCAACAUGGAAAAUGUCCUCCGGGAAAGAGAAGGAGAAAGGCAGGCUCCAGUGCAGAAUGAAGAAGAAGCCCACCCUUUGGGAGGUGGUGAAGGCCAGGAGCCUGGAGGAAAUAUUAGAGUGGAUUUGGCCCCACCUGUCCAUGAUGGUAGAGAGGAUAUGCCCAACAAGCUUGUCAAUAACGUUGACAUGACAGAUGGAGACACAGAUGAUACGGAACUUUUCACGGAUGACAUGAGGCGGCUAAGGAGGAUCAGGGAGCUUCAGUUGUGGUACAGUUUGCCCAUUCUUAUAGGGGAUCCCCCUCACCGUGACCAUCAUGAUGAGUUUUGCCUUAUGCCUCCAAUGCUGAGAUUAGUAAUAAUAACCCCCCUGCUUCCCGAAGUUGCAUUUUCUUGA